AAUAAUGACAUUUUUACAGUAUCGCACAUUUUGAGUUUUCAUGGAUAUCUGAACAGAGAAAAGAUUGAGCUCAAUUAAAACUUAAACGUCUGAGAUCCCUAAUGCAAAUUGAUUUUUUUCGUUUUUUGCAAAAACCUGUUCAUCCCCCUUUUCCUUUCGCAUUAUCAUUUACAGUUGACUAUAUAGUCGCCAAAAAGAUUAAACACUCUUCAGUUCAAUCCAGUGGGAAAAAUUAUUUCAAGAUGUAAAUCGAAAAGUACCCAGUAGAAAUUUCAUCCAGUCCUGGAGCGCACCACCUAUAAUAAUUCGACUUAACUUGAACGACAACAGUCAGUGUUAUCUCGAGUUGCUGUUAUCUAGAGUUCACUGAGAGCUGGUACAAGCGUACUCCUAUCCAGUACUUCUCUCAUAAUUACUGCGACGAGGAUAAGCUGAUAUAAAGCGACAUCGCGGACGCGAAUACACCGCAUAGUCGUCCGCAUUCAGGAUCACUUGAUUAUUGAAUAAUGGAACUCUUCGAGAUAUUAUGCGGCAUUGCCGUUAUAAUUCUCGGUCUUUAUUAUUUCCUUACAUCAUCCUAUGACUUUUGGAAAUCGCGUGGCGUUCCUGGUCCACGACCGAUACCGGGAUUCGGUAAUUUUAAAGAUGUUAUGCUUACAAAGAUAUCCAUGGGUGAUUAUUUGAUGAAAGUAUAUAAUGACUACAAAGAUGAACCAAUGAUUGGAAUAUACACUAGGAAGACACCUGUUCUUAUAAUAAAAGAUCCAGAUUUAAUUAAGGAUGUCCUCAUUAAAGAUUUUUCUAAGUUUGCUGAUAGAGGAAUUCCCAUUUCAGAAAAGGCCGAUCCUCUUUCGCUGCAUCUUUUCUCUUUGGAGCCGAAGAGAUGGCGACCCUUAAGAAUGAAACUGUCGCCUGUUUUUACAUCUGGUAAAUUGAAGGAGAUGUUCUCUUUAAUAUCCGAAUGCGCUGAUCAUCUUGUACAAUAUACGGAAAAAGUCACAAGUAAAAACGAACCCAUUGAAUGUCGCGAGUUGAUGGCCAAAUAUACGACUGAUGUUAUCGGUAGCUGUGCCUUCGGUAUCGAGAUGAAUUCAAUGUCGGACGAAGAUAGUGAAUUUCGUAAGAUGGGUAGAAAGGUAUUUAAACCGAACUGGACAAAUGUCAUGCGAGCAAGAAUAAGACAAAUAGUACCAGGACUGUACAACUUACUUGGUUACAUUCUACCACAAUCAGAAAUUACUAAAUUCUUUACACGUGUUAUCGUGGAGAGCAUGGAAUACAGAGAUAUGAAUAACAUUACCAGGCACGAUUUCAUUGAUACAUUGCGUGAAUUAAAGAAAAAUCCAGAUCAAUUGGAUGAUAUCAAAUUGACGGAUAAUUUAAUAGCUUCUCAAGCAUUUGUAUUUUUCCUUGCUGGUUUUGAAACCUCGUCAACGACUAUGAGUAAUGCGCUCUAUGAAUUAGCAUUAAAUCCGAAAAUACAAGACAAAUUACGUGCAGAAAUUGACGAGUGCUAUGCGAAACAUGGUGAACGCUUAACAUAUGAUAAUAUUAAACAAUUGGAUUAUUUAGAUAAAGUUUCAAAG